AUGGCUCUCGACAUGGACUUCAGCUCGAAUCGACAUGCUGCAACAGUGCAGGAGUACGAGGUACCCACUCGACACCCAGAGCUGUCUUUCGAAGAUGGAAAUCUUGCCAUUGUCACUGGUCGACAAUACUUCCUAGUUCAUCGUGGAUUACUUUGCCGUCACUCCAGCGUUCUGGGUCAAAACAUAUCGUCCUUGGGAUCUACUCACGAUCGCUUACUGGAAGGACGCUCCAUUAUGACUUUGCAAGACACACCUGAAGACAUGGUUUGCUUUUUACAGGCUCUAUAUGGAUUCCACACUAACCUCGAGAACAAGGAUUUCCGGACAAUUUCUGCUCUGUUGCGUACGUCGACAAAGUACGGUGUAGAUGAGCUUCGGAAGGAGGCCAUCCGGGUUCUCUCAUUGUCUUGGCCUACCAGUCUCUCCCAAUGGGAAAAACGGGAGAAGAACGUGACGGACAUUCACGGUCUGUAUUCGCCUCGGCUAGGUCUGCCCCAUCCAACACUUAUUAUUGAAUUGGCCCGGGAGGUGAAUGCUCCGGACCUAUUGCCCUCUGCUUUCUAUGAUCUAUCACGCUAUCCGCCAAGUCAAAUUGCCCUCGGUCACAUCAGCGAGAUUGAUAGCCACAAUCUCAACCUGGCCUCUGAAGACCUGCUUAGGGUGCUCCGAGGGAAGGAACAAUCCGCCCGGUUUUUGUCAACAUUUAUCGUGAAUGAGCUCGAGGGUCGGGAGCCAUCAGACGGCUGCUUACGCCGCCAGGACCCUCAUUCAUCCAUUCAAAGGGCAUGCCAGGUCGCCUUCGAAACCAUCAAUUUCGAGCUCAUCCGCGACGUCAAUAGUAUGGUAUGCAACCGUAACUCCGACCCACUAUUCGCCAUCGCCGACAGCCUUCUCAUGCAAACAAGAGAGGACGUGCCAGGGGCGCAGAAUAGGGCGGUCUACCGAGCGUGUGAGGUCUGUCGGCUAGAGUACGGCUCUGUCGUGGACACGUCGCGGGAGGAUUUUUGGAGGCGGAUUCCUGAAUGGUUUGAGCUAGAGCUUUGUGUCUCGCCGCUUGCGCUCAAGAAACAGUUCAUACUGCUUAGCGGCAUUUACGAUGAAGAUAGGAGCGACAUUCUCCUCCUCGACACAGACGACCUCAUGCAAGACGAGUUCUUGGACUUUGAGGUCUUCGAGAUGGAACAUGGAAUGACGUCGUCCAUAUCUCCAACGACGAGAUCCGCGUCUCCUGAACCUAUCCAGCUUGAUUGUGACAUCAAUCAAUUUUCUGCAGACCCACAAUCUGUCACAGAAGAUUUCGAGCCGGAUUCGGAUUCGGAUUUAGUGGACUCAGACUUACGAAAUCAGGUCAUAGAAGGACUCGAGAGCUUUGUCCUAUCACUUCUUGAACAACUCUCAGACACGAUAUCUCUUUCCGACGAUAAAAUAAAUAAAAGCAAGCGUAUUAGAAUAGAGUUGGCGAACCGCAAGAAACCGAUAGAGGACGGAUCAUUCGCCGUCCGCACCUUGCGGUUCCCACAGAAAGCAAGAGGUGCCAGCAUCGUACCGUUUGCCCAGUUGUUCAAAAUAGUGGACCAUAUGCAUGAAGCGCUUCUACACGGUGUUCCCACUACUAAGAGAGACAUAUACUACAAGGACGUACGGCUGUUCAAAUCGCAAGCUGUAGUUGAUAGGCUCGUCGAUGAUGUAGCAGCCACACUAGAUGUUGGGCGUGCUGACCUCUUCGUCCGAGCUUCCUCUAAGGGGCUCAUUGCCGCAUGCGGAUUGACAAUGCAUCUGAAGGAGGGGAUGCUCGAGCUAAACGAUGCAGAGGUAAUCUCGACCCAGCCUGACGCGUAG